AUGGACGAGAGCAAGCUCAAGAGAUGCUCCACAUCAUCCACCCACGCUGAAGCAGCUGAUGAUCCUAUGCAAAAGGAUGAAAGAGAGUUGAAUGAUUUGGAGACAGAAGUUAAUAGUCGGAAGAAGCAGAAGCAGGAGGAAGAAACCACAGAGAAGAAGAAAGAGUGUUGUUUUGACACUAAAGAUGCAGAGGGAAACAAUGAGCGUACCAUAUUCGUGACGGGGUUUGAUACAAGCGGUUCAAGGGAUGAGAUCAGGAGCGCAUUGGCUAAACAUUUCAGUUCAUGUGGAGAGUUGACAAGGGUUUUUGUUCCCAUCGAGUGUGAAACCGGUGUUUCCAUAGGAUAUGCUUUUAUUAAUCUGAAAAGACGUGUUGGUGACAUUGAGGCGGCGUUAUCUCUCAAUGAAAGUGACUUGGGAGGUCGCAAGCUUCUCGUAACAAUGGCUACAAAUAGAGAGGAAUACUAUAUCCACAUUAACUUUAAAGGCUGUGAAAUUUGCCAUGCUAUGUUUGCUGCCAAACGUCGGGAACGGUACAGAUGGAAAGCUCAACCUAGAAAUGGCAGAGUCGCGAUCUUAUCUCCAGAAACUGAAAAAUGGUUGCGUCAGAUUCGCAAGAUUCCCAAGAUUCGCAAGAUUCGCAAGAUGGCCAAGUCUAAAACCAAAGAAGGCUAA